AUGUACCGAUUCGCAGUCCUGCUAGUGGCCCUCGUUGCCAGCGGUAGCCUGACGGAGGCUCUGGACACUCUCACGUGCUCGAACGGACGUCCCCAUCCGGGCCAUGUGGAGAUCACCGGUUGCACUCAAAUGCCCUGUGAGCUGGUUCGUGGUAGCGAUGUCGGAAUGGUUCUAGAAUGGGAAGCACCAUUCGCUGCCCAAACGCUGUCGUACCGUGUGGUGGCUACGGCCCUCGGUAUCACCGCUCCCUACGAGUUGCCCCCGGAUCGUGCUGCCGCCUGCAACUGGUUGGACGGUUCUGCCUGCCCCAUCAGCCAGGGCGAAGACAUCGUCAGCACUCUCAGCAUGCCGGUUCUUCCGAUCUACCCAUUGAUUAAUCUAGAAAUUGAAGUGAGCAUAUUGGACGAGGCGACACGUACACACACAUGCUUUGUCGUGCAAGCUCGUGUGGUUGUGGCUUAA